AUGAAACUCGAGGACAAGAUAGUACCACGUUGCAUCACACUAACAGGAUAUAACAAUGCAGUUGAACAAACAUCUGGCGAGAUCACACUCCCCGUCCUGGCAGGUGGCGUCACUCUGGAGAUUACAUUCCACAUCAUGGACCAGGAUACGACAUACAACGCCAUAAUAUGGCGACCGAGAGACAAAGAGAAAGAAGCAUAUCAACCAACAUGGUCGAGGUUAGUAGGCGACGACAUCAAGGAUGUCAUUAGAGAUCCCGAUGUGGACGGAGCCGCAGGACCGACCAUAGAGGACCUCGAUCUCGUUCAGCUAGACGUCAACGACUACAACAAGAAAGCUUACAUCGGCUGCAAACUAACCAGCCAUGCAGCUAUGCCAGGUAUCCCAAAGGAUAUCGCCACACAUACAUUGAGCGUCGACCCACUCUACCCCCCGGUAAGGCAGGUUCGGCGCAAGUUCAACCCCGCAAUCAAUAACGCGGUGCGCGAAAAAGUGGAAAAACUGCUAGAAAAUGGUUCUAUCAGAGAGUCAAAGUACCCCCAAUGGGUAGCCAACAUUGUCAUGGUGAAAAAGAAGAACGAUAAGUGGCGGAU